GCGGCGGCGGCGGCGGCGGGGAAGGGAGCAGGACCGGAAGGGUCGAAGCGCCCGGGCGCCCCUCACACCCACUGCGGCGACGGCGGCGGCGGCGGCAGCGGGGCGGAGCGGGCGGGGCGGCCGGCCAAGCCCCGGGCAGGAGCCGCCAGCGCCGCCAGUCCGCCCUCCUCCCUUUCCUCUGGUGCAGCGGCGGCAGGCGAGGAAUCUGACGACCGUGUAGCCUUUGGAAUAUCUAUCACGUGACACUACAUCAUGAGUGACAGUAAAUGUGAUAGUCAGUUUUACAGUGUGCAAGUGGCGGACUCAACUUUCACUGUGCUCAAGCGUUACCAGCAGCUGAAACCCAUUGGCUCUGGAGCCCAAGGGAUUGUUUGUGCUGCUUUUGAUACAGUUCUUGGGAUAAAUGUUGCAGUCAAGAAACUAAGCCGGCCUUUUCAAAAUCAAACUCAUGCAAAGAGAGCUUAUCGUGAACUUGUGCUCCUAAAAUGUGUCAAUCAUAAAAAUAUAAUUAGUUUAUUAAAUGUGUUUACACCACAAAAAACUCUCGAAGAAUUUCAAGACGUGUAUUUGGUUAUGGAAUUAAUGGAUGCUAACUUAUGUCAGGUUAUUCAUAUGGAGUUGGACCACGAGAGAAUGUCCUACCUUCUUUACCAGAUGCUCUGUGGUAUUAAACACCUUCAUUCAGCUGGUAUCAUUCAUCGGGACUUGAAACCUAGCAACAUUGUCGUAAAGUCAGACUGCACCCUAAAGAUCCUGGACUUCGGCCUGGCCCGGACGGCGUGCACCAACUUCAUGAUGACCCCGUACGUGGUGACACGGUACUACCGGGCGCCCGAAGUCAUCCUGGGCAUGGGCUACAAAGAGAACGUGGACAUCUGGUCCGUCGGGUGCAUCAUGGCGGAAAUGGUCCUCCAUAAGGUCCUGUUCCCAGGAAGAGACUAUAUUGAUCAGUGGAAUAAAGUGAUUGAGCAGUUAGGAACACCAUCUGCAGAUUUCAUGAAGAAACUCCAGCCGACAGUGAGGAAUUACGUAGAAAACAGACCAAAGUAUCCGGGAAUCAAAUUUGAAGAACUCUUCCCAGAUUGGAUAUUUCCAUCAGAAUCGGAACGAGACAAAAUUAAAACCAGUCAAGCCAGAGACCUGCUGUCCAAAAUGCUGGUGAUAGACCCUGACAGGAGGAUCUCCGUGGACGAGGCCCUGCGCCACCCCUACAUCGCCGUGUGGUACGACCCCGCCGAAGCAGAAGCGCCACCACCUCAAAUUUACGACACCCAGUUGGAAGAAAGAGAACAUGCCAUUGAAGAGUGGAAAGAGCUGAUUUACAAAGAAGUGAUGGACUGGGAAGAAAGAAGCAAGAAUGGCGUCGUCAAAGAUCAGCCUUCAGAUGCAGCCGUAAGCAGCGCCGCCACGCCUUCCCAGUCGUCCUCCAUCAACGACAUCUCAUCCAUGUCCACCGAGCAGACCCUGGCCUCCGACACUGACAGCAGCCUCGACGCCUCCACAGGGCCCCUCGAAGGGUGUCGAUGAUGCGGGAGGCACGGCCAGCUCGUCGUCCGUGGGGAACUCUCGCCUCCAUGGGCCCAGGGUGCCCAGGAGCUGAUGGAACCAAAUAGACACAGUCCGUGUUCUGCAUGUGAGAAACCCGGGGCCCCGCCCUGCCCAGUCCUCAUAGCAUCGCCUGCCUAGGGUGUAACGUGAAGCAGGUCGUGUCUGAAGAGAUUUUGUUCACGGUCAUUUCAGGUGAGCCAUCAGAGUGGAUGAAUUGUUUUUAAGUCGUACGGUGAUCGUCGUGACGAUUUCUCAUCCUCAGUCACUGUUGGGACUUCUAUGCAUGUGACCACAAAUGCUUGCUCCAACUUGCCAUCUGUCACUUGGGAAAUCAGUAUUUAAAUGCCCAAUAGUCUUCCAGGUAGUGCCGCUUCUAGAAUUAUCUCCUAAUCCUCUUAAGUACUUGGCGCUCUGUCAAGAAAAAAAAAAUAGAUGUGCGUGUAUUAAUUGGCCACCAUCCUAUUAUCAUGUCUCACCUUUUAUGGUAUGAUUUAUUCUAUCUUUUGUAUUUCAGAAGGAAUAUAAUUAAAUCUAUUUA